AAUAGGGAAGGGCCCGUGUUCUGUGAAGGAAUCAAGUCCAUAGCGAGGUCAGGUGUUUCAAAGUUCCCACAGGAGCUGCUGCCACGUCAGCCCCCGCCACGGGGGACCUGUUAAUUAAUUAUUAAUUACUCCCUGCUAAUUAACGUGCGCUUGUUUAAGGGGUGCUGGUUCAUAUUGGCUUUUGGGGCAGUAGGGGUUGAGGUGUCUUGCAGUUUAAACCCCCUCUGAGAGCUCCUUGAGGAUAAAUCCCCCAUUUCAUGGGUAAUGCCCGUCUGGGGAGGGGAGGAGUGGUGUGAAAAUUGCAAAAUGAGGCAAAAAAAAAAAAAAAAGAAAAUCUUGCAGCUCUGUUGUUACUGCACGUGGAAUCACUCACAGGUCCCUUCCAACUCUGAAUGUUCUGUGAUUCUUUAAUCCAAUAUUCCAAAUUUCCGUGGUAAUUUGCUGCUUUGGGGAGCUCUUUUGAGGGAGGUGGGGUGAUAAUUGAACUGACUGAAAACAAAACUAUAGAACAAGCAUGGGAUUGCAGGGUUCUGGGUAUUGAAUUGGUUCUGUAAUUAAUUCCAAGCAUUGCCACUCUUGGGACGUCCCCUCUUCAGCAGCACAGAGUCAGGGUUUGGAAGGCAGCUCUGAUUUAAAAAUCUCGUGUACUAACUGAAGGACAGAUGUUUUCGAGCUCUGCAGGCAGGUCCACGAGGUGCAGUCGUACAUGGGGCGCCUGGAGACCUCAGACAAGGGCUCAGUGCACUUGGUGGAAAACGAGAUCCAAGCAAGAAUAGACAACAUAUUCAGCAACUUGGAACGCCUGGAAAUCCUGUCCAGCAAAGAACCUCCCAACAAGAGGCAGAAUGCCAAGCUGAGGGUUGACCAGCUCAAGUACGACGUGCAGCACCUGCAGACGGCCCUGAGGAACUUCCAGCAGCGGCGCUACCUGCGGGAGCAGCAGGAGCGGCAGCGGGAGGAGCUGCUGGCCAGGACCUUCACCACCAACGACUCUGCCACCACCAUCCCGAUCGACGAAACCUUACAGUAUAACGAGUCCCUGCAGAGCGCCCACCGGGGCGUGGAUGAGCUCAUUGGCAGUGGCACCAACAUCCUGCAGGGCCUGAGGGACCAGAGAGUCACCCUAAAGGGUACCCACAAGAAGAUCCUGGACGUUGCCAACAUGCUGGGCUUGUCCAACACGGUGAUGAGGCUGAUCGAGAAACGUGCCUUCCAGGACAAGUUCCUGAUGCUGGGGGGGAUGGCAGUGACCUGUGUCAUCAUGUUCCUCGUGGUGCAGUACCUCACAUGAGCUGCUGAGCCCCUGCCACAGGCCUUUGGAGCAACGUGGACUGGACUUCCCUCUGGGUGCUGCUUUGGAUGAGCCCUUCCCAUGGACUUUGGAGUUUACAGAUCCCACCUGGACAAAGCACGUCGGGAACUGGAUGUGUCUGGGGACGCUGUCAUUGAGAGUGGCCCUGUGAAAACACCCCCUGGCCUCUACAGCUCUCACCUCGUGUCUGCAGGUUUGAGAUCUGGUUCAGAGGAAGCAGAAGUGAAUGUUGUGCCCAGCCAGGCAAGGCAGGAGUGUCCCUUUGGAGGCACAGGAGGACACAGAGGCAGAGUGGAAGCUGAACCUCUCCUGUGCUGGCCAGAGCUGAGCCUGGCACUGCACUUGGCAGUGCAGGAGUGGCACAGAGACCUCCCACGGCCCUGUGGACAGGGUGCAGAAGGAGUUGGGCAGUGAAGGGUUUCCAUCUGCAGAUCCACCACGUGCUUGGAGGAGGAGGAGGGUUUGUGGGGAGAGGCCUUAGGGCACAGUUGAACCUCAGUGAACUCCACACUCAUCAUCAGCCAGCACAGAUCUCCUGGCUGAGGCUGCAGUGCUGCUCAGCUCACCUGAGGCUGUUUGGUACCUCCUUCUGCUCCCAGGGGAGGUUCAGUGCUGUGUUCCUGCCUGCCCCAGUCCCUGGGUGGGCUGUGCUCUACAGAGCUUUGGGAUCACUCACGGAGCUGGAAGGGGCUCCCUGCUGCUCCUCACAUCACAGGGACAGUGGGAUGAGCACAGCAGGCCUGUCCCAGGCAGCUGUGCUUCCUCAAGCUCUCCUGCCUUGGGAUGGUCACAUCCACAUCCCCAGCCUUGGGAAGGGUGUUCCCUGGGCCAGCUCUGCCCCUGGGGAGUUACUGGGACAGACACUCGGGGGAGUUCCCUGACCCUGAGCUGGGAGAUGUCCCUUUACAGUCCAGCCCUGCUUUCCCUGCAGCCUGAGGGUCCUGUCACAGGGGCCAUCCUGGGAUUUUGGGCAGCAUCCCUUUCAAUCACCCCUCAGAUCCAUUCCCAUCCCAGCGUGUCUGGAGCAUUCCCUGAUGUCUGGCAGCAGCACAGAGGUGUCCUAUCCGGGUGCUGUGGCCUUGUGCUGGCAAUUCCUGCCCUGUUUUCUGCCUGGAAUGGGUGUGGGUCUCUGGAUCAGUGACAGAUCCCAAACUGUGCAUUCUGUCUUUGCUUUUCUCCUGUGGGCUGGUGCAAACGGGGAGAAACGGUUUAAGAAACUCCAAAAAUGAGUUUCAGGGAGCGGGGGCAGGUGAGGCGUGGGCUGUGCUGGGCCCACCCAGAGCUGCUUUCCAAGGACACACCUGAGCAGGGCAGGCAUGGGAUGGGGUUUCAUUUGAGCCCAAGGGAGGGGGGGAUUCAAAGGGGAAGAGGAAUCAUGCAGUGACAGCAUCUGUCCAGCUCUGCAACCUAAACCUUAAAUCCAAAGCUAGAUUUGUUCUGAGUAUGAAAUCUGAUGGAUUCAUCCUGGGGUGCCCUUGGGAGGUCACUGGCAGGGCAGCUGGGCACUUGUGAGGGGUCCCUAAAAUCUCUUUCUGUUUCCCAUGAACUGCUCCAAUUCCAUUUACAGGUUGGGGUUCAGUUUGGGGUUGUCACUGUUUCUGUGGUUGUGACCUGCUGCAGGAGGGUUUGUCUCACACCAAGGUGGGGCUCUGGCCAACCUCUUUCCUUUUGGGCUGUGGUGGGAGCCAUAAAAGAUUUGGAACUGGAUUUUUUUUUUUCUAUUUCUGAGCCCAGUUUGGCAUUUCAGGAGAUGUUUCCCUGUUGAUCUGUUUUGCCUGCUGGAGUCUCCUUGUCCCUGCACAGGCUGAUGUCCCCUUGGGGAGCCAAGUGGCCUUGCUGUCCCCCUGCAUCCAGAGGGGCUUGGAGGAACCCCCUGGGGACCUGGAUCUGAAGACAUGUCCCUUCAGACACGGUUGUGCUGCAUGGGAAGCCCAAGGUGUGGACUUGGAAACCCGAGUGCUCUCAGGGGUGUUGUGUAAAAACCCCCCAAAAGCCUCCCCUGCAGUGGGAUGGGGUGGGAUUGGGAUCCUGCCUUCCUGAAGACCUCACUUCUGCUUGCCACGACUCCCAGCUCUGGGAUGAACUGCUCUCCCAGGAGGGGACACUGGGAAUUCAGUUCCCUCUGGAAAAAAAAAAACAAACCUUUUUACCAGUAUUUUAUACACAAAGGAGCGAGGGUGGGACACGACGUGAUUCAUGUGAUAUUCUGUGAAUAAAGAUUUUGUUUUUUCAGCCAAAA